GCUCUGGAAGAUGAUUACAGGGAACAUGGCUCUGAUACAGGUCCAGGCCACCGUGGUUGGCUUCCUGGCCUCGAUUGCAGCCGUGGUGUUUGGGUGGAUCCCGGACGGGCACUUCAGCCUGGCCCACGCUGUCCUGCUGUGUGCCAGCAGCGUGGCCACUGCCUUCAUUGCUUCCCUCGUCCUGGGCAUGAUCAUGAUUGGGGUGAUCAUCGGCUCCAGGAAGAUGGGGAUCAAUCCUGACAACGUGGCCACGCCGAUCGCUGCCAGCCUGGGGGACCUCAUCACGCUGGCCCUGCUGUCAGGGAUCAGCUGGGGCUUGUACAAGGAGCUGGAGAGCAGAGCCUACGUGAACCCCUUGGUGUGCGCCUUCUUCAUCUCCCUGCUGCCCAUCUGGGUCAUCAUUGCCAAGAGGAAUUCCGCCACGCGGGAGGUGCUGUACUCGGGCUGGGAGCCCGUCAUCAUCGCCAUGGCCAUCAGCAGUGUCGGGGGGCUGAUCCUGGACCGGACGGUGUCGGAUCCCAACUUUGCUGGGAUGGCCGUGUUCACUCCCGUCAUCAACGGUGUGGGUGGCAACCUGGUGGCAGUGCAGGCCAGCCGCAUCUCCACCUACCUGCACAUGAGCGGGGAGCCCGGAGACAGCCCCGGGACGGCUCCUCGGAGGUGCCCCAGCCCCUGCAGCACCUUCUUCAGCCCAGACGUGAACUCCCGCUCUGCCCGCGUGCUCUUCCUCCUGGUGGUGCCAGGACACCUGGUUUUCCUCUACACCAUCCACUCC